AUGCAAGACGUAAAAACGGUUAUUUCUAUCUGUUAUAAUUUACGACCAUCAGAUCUUCUUGCGAUGGUAUGCGUAUGCAAAGAUUUCAAAAAUAUUUUAGAUGAAUGUAUUAAUCCAUUAGCAGGAGAAAUUUGGAAAAAUUCUAGAAAACAGUUUACAAUUUUUCACGAUAAAGAACCUCCACCAAGAAUGAGGCAACAAACUUUUGCAAGGUUAUUAACGUUUGAGAAAGGUUGUCAAUUUUGUAAAACUAAAUUAAGAACAUGCACAAUUUACUGGAUUCCUGGAGUUCGCUCUUGUAAAGAAUGUAUGGUCCCAAGAGCGUUUAGUGAAAGUAUAUUUGAAAAUACUUUUAAGCUUGAUAAUGAAAUUCUUGGACUGAUUGCACCAGUAACACCAAGCAUUCAACCCAAAUUAGUAUAUUAUUGGGGCGAACAUGUUAAGAAUAUUAUUGCGUUUUUGAUGAAAUACGAUGGUAAUAUUCAAUUCGAUUUGAAUAACUUAAGAGAACAAGUCGAAAAUAAUUAUAAAGAAGUCCAACAUUAUCAUGAUUGGUUAAGCAAUUUACACAAAUUAUAUAUUAGAGUUCAAGAACAUUAUUUUGAUAAAUUGAAUGAAGAAUUGAAUAGUGAAAUUUUUAUCAGGCUACAAAAUGAGGAGGAAUUCAAAACAAUUAAAUCUGAGAUCCAUGCCAAUCCUUUUUUAAUACAAGAUUGGCCAAAGUAUAAAGCAAGAAUUUUACGAAUGUUUCCAAGAAUUUAUCAAUCUUCUUUAAAAAGACGUAUGAAACAAAAUUCGGAACGAAUUUUUAGAAAUCAAAUUAAAAUUGUCAAAGGUUUAAGGAAAUUAACUUAUGGAACUGUUGAACGACCUUUGAAUAAAAUUAUAAGCAUUUGGGAUCCAUUAUAUCAAUAUUUAGCUAUAUGUCCAAGUUAUGUGAAUCCUCCAGAAAGUGAUGAAUCUGUUUAUACACGAGAAUUUAUCGAAAAAACACUUUUACCAAUACUCAAAAAAGAGGCUGAUCAACUUCGCGCGACGAGGGUAACCCCUCCUCCUUAUUUACUUGACAUAAAUGGUGCGUUAAGAGUUGGUAGCCUUCGAAGUCAACCUGUCUUUGAGUGUCGUCUUUGUUCCAAAAUUGAGCCGUCUAGCCUCAAAAACUUUAGGCUGCAUAUAAGUAUUUCUCAUAAGCUUGAAGAUAGUCUAAAGAACAUAGUUUCAGUAGCAAAACUAAAUUGUGAUGCGGUGGUUACACACUUGUUUUACGCUUUUUUUGAUUCAUGUAAUUGA